AUGUUUAGCCACAUGAUCCAUAGUAUACUGCUGGACAUUCCUGUUCUCACGAAUCUGGAUUUCUACGAAUUUUUCGUGAAUGACGAUCUUACGGAUCUACUCAGGUCAGCGACCGUUACGGAAGGCAGUAGAACCAACGGUCGCAAGAAAAGAGUUCGAAUGAAAAAAGAUAUAUAUCGGCUUGUGCUCGCAAGUGGGAAUGGAGUACUGAGCCUACGAGAUUACUGGAGUUCGCGUCCAGUUCUUGGUGCUCCUUUGAUUGCUGGCAUAUUUGUGACAAGGAAACUAUCCGUAGAGUUAUUCGAAUAUUUUCAUCUGCGGAUUGCUUUAUACAGCGAUUGGUUACACGAAUUCAUAGACUUCCUGGAACUAUUCAACGGGGCGUAUGCGAAGUGGUACUCCACCGGAAAUUUUAUGCAUAGACGGAAGGAUUAUUUUUCUACAGUAUAUUUGUUCGAAACGUCACAGACACGACAUAAAGCUGCUCAAGCUGUGUGA